UUGAGGGGAGCGUGGCCUUCUCCUCUCCCGCCAUGGCGUGUGCUCGUCCACUGAUAUCAGUGUACUCUGAAAAGGGGGAGUCAUCUGGCAAAAAUGUCACUUUGCCUGCUGUGUUCAAGGCUCCCAUUCGACCAGAUAUUGUGAACUUUGCGCACGCCAACUUGAGCAAAAACAACAGACAGCCCUAUGCUGUCAGUGAAUUAGCAGGUCAUCAAACCAGUGCUGAGUCUUGGGAAACUGGCAGAGCUGUGGCUCAAAUUCCCAGGGUUCGAGGUGGCAGCACUCACUGUUCUGGUCAGGAUGCUUUUGGAAUUAUGUGUCAUGGGGCCCUCAUGUUUGCGCCAACCAAGACCUGGCGAUGUUGGCACCGCAGAGUGAAUACAACGCAGAAGCGAUAUGCCAUCUGCUGUGCGUUGGCUGCCUCGGCUUUACCAGCGCCGGUCAUGUCUAAAGGUCAUCGUAUAGAGGAAGUUCCUGAACUUCCUUUGGUGGUUGAAGAUAAAGUUGAAGGCUACAAGAAGACCAAGGAGGCUGUUUUGCUUUUGAAGAAACUUAAGGCCUGGAAUGAUAUCAAAAAGGUCUACGCGUCGCAGUGAAUGAGAGCUGGCAAAGGCAAAAUGAGAAACUGUCACUUUAUCCAGCGCAGGGGACCCUGCAUCAUCUGUAAUGAGGACAACGGUAUCAUCAAGGCCUUCAGAAACA